GCGCGCGACAGGGCGAAGACAACCAAUUGCGUUGCAGGCACCAAAAAAAAAGUUUUUUCUGCCCAUCUUUCUAUGAAAUAGUUUCUUUUAGUUCUGCUUAGGUUUAGGUUUAAACCUGCAAGGUUCCAAUUUGAUAGUCUGGCAUAUAAACUCUAGGUCACGUUCUUCUUCACCACAAAACGUAAAAAUUUCUUCUUCGUCUGACUUUGGCCAAAAGUGACAAUAAUUGGAAAAACAAAUGAUUUUUUGAAACUUUGGCUUUUCAUAUGCAAAUUUAAUUGACUGCAAUUCAGCCCCGAAAUCAGUUGUAAGCACGAAGUCAAGGUACCAGCAGCCAUGAUGAAAUACUCCACAGUUGCCAUCAAUGUUCUGAUUUUCUACUUUCUAGGACCUCUCUCCACCCACAUCGCAACCUCCAACAACCUUCACCCUGGCACCCUGCAUGGACACCACAGUAGCAGAAACUACGAUCUCAAUGAAGCCACGCCCUACGAAGCAGACGACAAUAUAGAAGGACCGAUAUCUUCAAAACGAUACCUAGAGUCCAUCGCUUCCGAUAUCUUUAAAAGAGAUUACAAUUCACGGGUAAUCGAUCCUGUAUCUAGUGACAUUUUUAACAAAGAAACGGAGAAACGGUUGAUUGAAAGUAUCGGUACAGACAUUUUCAAAAAGAGUUCGCCCUAUCAAUAUUACCAUUCAGACCAGCACCCUUAUGGGUCGAACUCUCAGAAAUUGGAAUACUUGCAAAGACCGGGUGAUUCCUUACAAAAUGUAAUCGCCCACAGGAAAUUAAAUCUAAACUUUCGUGAAGGAUCGAGGAAAGACAAAGUACUCAAAUUCAACGAUACCUUUGAUAAAACGAUACCCCAUGGGCAUAAACGGUUUUUGGAAUCGAUUGCUAGUGACAUUUUUAAAAAGGAUAGUGCUUUCGAUAAACGAUUUUUGGAUGAGAUCGCAAGUUCUCUCGUCAAAAGAGACUACGACAUCGAUCCAGAAAUAGAUUUGUAUAGUGUUGCGAAAGAGGAGAAUUCUGAAUUGACCAAUAAACGAAACAUUGAUGAAAUCGCAAGUUCACUAAUCAAGAAAGACGACGGCGAAAAGCGAUAUUUUGAUGGUAUCGCCAGUUCACUUGUCAAGAAAGACGACGGCGAAAAGCGACAUUUAGACGGUAUCGCCAGCUCACUCAUCAAGAAAGACGACGGCGAAAAGCGACAUUUAGACGGUAUCGCCAGCUCACUCAUUAAGAAAGACGACGGCGAAAAGCGACAUUUAGACGGUAUCGCCAGCUCACUCAUCAAGAAAGACGACGGCGAAAAGCGACAUUUAGACGGUAUCGCCAGCUCACUCAUCAAGAAAGACGACGGCGAAAAGCGACAUUUAGACGGUAUCGCCAGUUCACUCAUUAAGAAAGAUGACGUCGAAAAGCGAUAUUUUGAUGGUAUCGCCAGCUCACUUGUCAAGAAAGACGACGGCGAAAAGCGAUAUUUUGAUGGUAUCGCCAGCUCACUUGUCAAGAAAGACGACGGCGAAAAGCGAUAUUUUGAUGGUAUCGCCAGCUCACUUGUCAAGAAAGACGACGGCGAAAAGCGAUAUUUUGAUGGUAUCGCCAGCUCACUUGUCAAGAAAGACGACAAACGAUAUUUUGAUGGUAUCGCCAGCUCACUUGUCAAGAAAGACGACGGCGAAAAGCGAUAUUUUGAUGGUAUCGCCAGCUCACUUGUCAAGAAAGACGACAAACGAUAUUUUGAUGGUAUCGCCAGCUCACUUGUCAAGAAAGACGACGGCGAAAAGCGAUAUUUUGAUGGUAUCGCCAGCUCACUUGUCAAGAAAGACGACAAACGAUAUUUUGAUGGUAUCGCCAGCUCACUUGUCAAGAAAGACGACGGCGAAAAGCGAUAUUUUGAAGACAUAGCCAGUUCACUCAUCAAAAGAAGCUCAAAUUCUGCAACACAUUCCAAACGGAUGUACGAGGUGACUGAUGACGUAUUGGAUGGGUCUCGGAUUUCUAAAAGGACAGCAGACGGCGUGCGUGGAUGGAGAGAAAGUGAAAAGAAAGAAACUGACGACACUGCACCAAAGUUGCGUCAUCGCCGUGACGUCAGCCUCAUCUCUGUUCCACGAGUCUCCCUGUCCCGCCCACGAAGAUUCAUAGACUCCACCGGCAGCGACAUCUUCAAGAGACAGCCCUUCAGACUCUUCACCAAGGCACACGUUGACCCGCAGACCUGGCACUCCUGGGGCACAUACAAGCCCCAGUGGCAGAAAACCAAGUCCAACGAGGGCGCCGCCAAGUCGUUUCGCCUCCUGGGCAAACGCGACUGGCUCGAUCACCUGGGUGAGGUGGAGGACGCCAAGAUGGACGACGCGGUGUCCAGGCUUUAUCUUGACCAGCAUGAGUACAACAAACGUCACCUGGAUAGCAUAGCGUCCUCUUUGCUCCAGAAGAGAUACCUGGACACGUUAGCCUCUAGUCUUAUUAAAAGAUCAGAUACGGACGAACAAGGAUUCGCAGACGGCUAUUUUACACUUCCGUUGAGUCGAGAGAUCUAUUUCCGCCAGCCAUUAGAUGUCCUUGACAAUGAUCAGGAAAGGUUUGAAUUUUGACCCCCACACCCCCGACACAUCCCCUCCCCAGACAACACUCGAGCCCAUGUCCACGCGGUGACCGGAACUGACCAGCGCUCCGCCCAGAUCUCAAGGGAUGCACGUAGGGCUUCAUUAAGGACAUCUCCUGAGCACUGCUGUCCCUGGGGUUCAAGGUCAUGCAAAGGUCAACAUCGGCCACCUUCACAAGGGACGUCCAUUGAGUCCUCCAGACAGAACCCCAGCGUCAGCAACUUCAUCUUCAGCGCCAUUGAAACUAGACAUUACGUAAUCUUCUAACACCGCCAUCAGACUUUUGUCGACACACUCACAACAACAAUUACACACACACACACACAAAUUAACACUCAUAUUCGCUAACAGUUCAUUCAGACACACGAAUAUAAUUAACAUGUUUGUUUUAUAUUAUUUUAUUUUGAUUUACUCUUUUUUUGUAUAGAUUGUCUCCCUUCAAAUAUAUUGCGUCAUCACUAAACUUUUUUUUUCUAUAUUUGGAUUUAGCUAUAAAUAGAACAUGUGCACUGUAUUGUGGGUACUGAAAGACGCCAAUUCCAAUCUAUUGAUUUAUAAACAUAUCAGUCGAAUAUAAUAGACUUUAAUUUUAAUUAAAGAGCGGUAAAAAUAUACUACAACAAAUACUAUAGACAUAUAGGACCAAAGAAAAACAAAGAUCGUUCGGAUCACUAGGCCUUCACCAGCCUACAAACGAAAAAGACAAACAAUGAAUACUAAAUAGGCUUUAAUUCAACUUAUCUGUACGAUAUGGUGGCUGGCUAUCGAGGCAGAAAAAGGAAUGUUAGAAAUUGUCUUUUUAAAUAAAUAAAUUAUAGCUUUAAUAUAGUGCUACUUUCAUGCUUAUAGCAUGCUCAGAGCGCUUUGGUCCAAUAUCAUUUGUGGACCCUUGGGUGGAGGGGGGUAUCUGUGAGAAAGUUUUCCGUGCUGCCUUUAGGCGCUCAGUAAACACAACUCUGCCCGAAUCGGGUGUCGAACCUAGAGCCCCCUUUCAUAGGUAGCCAAGCCAAGCCAAGCUCAAGCGUACUUAGCCCCUCGACCACGCUUUACUUUGAUUGAAUCUAAUGAAGGCCUUGUGGCCUAAACGUUCUUUGGCUUUCACUUUGGUCCAGAUGGGUUUCCUCUAUACAGGUCUAGGGUCUACUGUAUUUUACUAUUCAGCGGAUUACCAAUGCAGCAGUCAAUCUGUUUGUCUGUACCAGACGUGAUUAGCGAAAAAAAAAAUCAGCAGGGGGGUGAACAAAUACAAUUAAUGGUAAGCGAGGGGGUUAAGGGGGGCACAAUGAAUUUCAGAAAAUCAUGAAAUCGUGCAUAAAUAAGUCGCAUUCAUUAAAUCUUAAGAAAAUUAUUUCAGAAGGAAGGAAUCUUCCAGAAAAUGAAGUUUAACAUGUUCAGAAAAGCGUUAUUAGCUAAACAGCUGUUGGGUUUUCUUCUUAUGUUGCCAGGUUGGAUAUUUACUAAAAUAUUUCCAAGCAUUUGUUAAAAUGUUGCCAGGUUGGAUAUUUACAAAAAAAUAUUUCGAAGCAUUUUGUUAAAAUGUUGCCAGGUUGUUUAUUUAAAAAUGUUGCCAGGAGGUUCGAUCAGAUUAUUUAAAUUUGAAAUUCAACACAAAUUUCUUUUUUUUCCCACUAAUAUUACAUUGUGAUAUCAAGAUUGUUUUUUUUUUCCUCAAUUUUAAUUUCAUUUAUGUGCUCACUAAUUUAUUUUGUUGUUUGUUUAAAAUCUCAAAUCUCAAUUUUUAAAAUUUUACUUUGAUUUCUUCAUCUUGAAAUUUAUUUUCGGUUCCAAUAUCAAACACAGCUGUGUCACCUCUGACCUACAUAUAUUUGUGGCAUUGGCUCAUGUUUUAAAACUCUUUGUUGGAUCAAUAUACUUUUAUUUUUAUUGUAUUGGUUUCAGUUUUUAUUUUAUUGCAUUUUGUUGUAACAUGUUUGAAACAUUUUUGAAAACCGGAAGCAAAAAUAAAAGCACCAAUUGAUUU